AUGGAAGUCUCUGGACGUAAGGAAUCUUCUGUUAGAUUAUGCCAGCCGUGCCAGCGUGACGGUGAUACUGUACAAGCAGAGGGCUAUUGCGAUAAUUGUAACGAAUUUAUAUGUUCAUCAUGCAUAAAGGCACACCGGAAGUUGGCAACAACCAAAUAUCAUGUUAUCAAAUCCGAAGAUGAAAUGCCGAGAUAUCAGACUCAAACUGACCCGUGCACUGAACUAUGUGAUGUUCAUGUAAACGAAAUAGUAAAGUUUUAUUGUCAAGAGCACGACAGCGUUGGUUGUGGAGAUUGUAUGGUACUUCAACAUACCUCUUGCAAGGUUCAGCUCGUUUCCGAUGUAUCAAGUAAUUAUGGCUUCAAUGUCGACCUCGAUUUGAUUAAACAUAGAAUUGAUAACCUCAGGAAAAACCUUGUUCUUUGUAAAGAAGAAAUAAAAUGCAGUUUGGAAGCAGCGGAUCAAAUAAAGACCGAGGUCGUUAAAGAAAUUAAGUUAUUUAGUAAAGAAAUGGAUAAUUAUCUAGACAAAAUGGAAGCAGACCUUUUACAAAAAGUUGAAGAAAUGAAUGAUAGAGAUGUAUCGUCACAAAAAAAGCUUCAAGGUCAGUGCGAGGCAUUAUCUGAUGAAAUGAAAGAAUUUCAAAGAAAACUGGAUCAGUGCAAAUACAAGGUCAACAAUUUGUUUGUGACAUCUAAGCGUGUACAGAGAAGUUUGGAAAAAUGUCAAAAAAUAAAUGAAACCAUUUCAGCCAAGAGUCAGAUAAACACUUUAAAUUUUAAAGUAUCUGAAGGUUUUGAUACUUUGAAGAAACAUAAAACACCCUUUGGCAGUCUUGAAACAAAAGUAAAAACAUUUUCAGGACAAUGCAAGAAAUGUGUUUAUGACGUGAAGGCACAUUUUGUUAACAAAGUAAAUUGCCAGGCAAAAAAUGAAGGAAAUUGUUUUAUAACAGGAAUUACUUUUAUAUCUGAAGCUGAAAUUCUGUUAGCAGACCGCAACAACGAAUCGUUAAAAAUUUUAAAUUAUAGAGAUAAUAAAGUCACCUCAACAUUGAAAUUGUCAGAUUUUUCCACAGACAUAACCAAAAUUAGUUCAUCAUCUGCUGCAACAUGUAUACCACAUGAAGGCAAAAUCGUGUUUUUGAAUACGCAAAACGGUUUGACUGAAAGUCACAGUCUGAAUGUCAGGAAAGGAUGUGUUGGAAUAAAUCAUCGCAAUGGUAUAUUGGCAGUGGCCUUUCUUAAUCCUCCCGCUGUUCAGGUAUUGGACAUGGAAGGUCAAAUCCUCCAUGAGGUUAGAGAUACAAGCAUAUUGAAAUAUCCGAUGUAUGUAUAUCUGAGUACAGAUAAUAAAUAUAUGUUUGUGUCGGACAGUGGCAGCGGUGUCGUGUAUAAAUUUACACUCCAAGGAGAACUGGUAUCUCAGUGGGAAACCGAGAAUAAUGGUACACCAGCAGGCUUAACAGUCACAAACUGCGGAUGUGCUGUUGUUUGUUAUGCAAUGAAAAGCGAUCUGCUUGGAGUUAUUGUACCUGUACCAACCAAGCCCUAUGUUGCACAGGCACGAGUAUCGGACCUGGGAAGAAAAAAAUAUGACCCGAUAGACAGGCCAUCAAAAAGGCUGUAUGAAUCGGAUAGUGGCACUGAUGAAAUGAGACAGACACAGAGAGUAGGGCCACCACAAGUUAUGACCAAGCAACAACGCCCAAAGAGUCACAAAGCCUACUUUCAUCUCCGCCUUCGGCUUAUCUGCACAGGCAUUUUGGCGAGCGGAGGCCAGCAGUGA